AUGGGUCCUAAAAAAAAGGAAUGUCGUCCAAUAUCUAAGAAACAUGUUAUCUGCAUAGCUUCAGAUUUUUUCUACCCAAACACUGGAGGGGUUGAGGAACACAUCUAUAAUUUAUCACAAUGUUUAAUCAAGAGAGGGCACAAAGUUGUCAUAAUCACGCAUUCUUAUGGUGAACGUAUCGGAAUACGAUAUUUGACAUGUGGACUCAAGGUUUAUUACUUACCGAUCAAAGUAUUUUAUGCUCAAGUUGUUCUUCCAACAAUGAUUACUAAUAUACCAAUAAUAAGAUAUAUAUUAAUUCGAGAACAGGUUGAAAUUGUUCAUGGACAUUCAGCAUUUAGUGUUUUGUGUCAUGAAGUGUCAGUUAUAGGUAAACUAAUGGGUCUAAAGACUGUAUUCACAGAUCACAGCCUGUUUGGAUUUGCUGACACAUCUGCUGUAUUAACAAAUAAGUAUUUACAAAUAUGUUUAAGUGAAUGUGACCACUGUAUUUGUGUAUCACACACUGGCAAAGAAAACACUGUGCUUAGAGCCAAGGUUAAGGCUCAUAAGGUGUCUGUCAUACCAAAUGCUGUAGAUGCUUAUACUUUCACCCCAGAUCCGAGUCAAAGAGAUCCUCAUGUGAUUACCAUUGUAAUAGUUUCAAGGUUGGUUUAUAGGAAAGGUGUUGAUUUGAUGGCUGCAGUAAUAGCCGAAAUGUGUCCAAAGUAUCCAAAUUUAAGAUUUAUUAUUGGAGGUGAUGGUCCUAAGAUGUGGCUCUUGCAGGAAAUAAGGGAGAGAAUGGGGUUACAGCACUGUGUUACUCUGUUAGGAGCGCUCAAGCAUUCUGAAGUGCGAAAUGUGUUGGUUAAAGGUGAUAUAUUUCUGAACACCUCUUUGACAGAAGCUUAUUGUAUGGCAAUAGUUGAAGCUGCAUCUUGUGGGCUCAAAGUUGUUUCCACUAGAGUCGGUGGAAUCCCUGAAGUAUUACCGGAAAACAUGAUUUAUUUGACAGAACCAAAUGUUGGCAGUCUAGUUCUAGGAAUUGAAAAUGCUAUGAAAGACAUAGCUCAAGGGAAUCUGAUGUGCCCUUUUCAGUGCAAUAGAAUAAUAAGAAAAAUGUAUAAUUGGAUGGAUGUAACAAGGAGGACAGAAAUAGUUUAUAAUAAUAUAUCUUUGAAUAAGAACAAGCCGUUGGGAUUACAAUUACGAAGCUACCUCUCGAGUGGAGUGUGGCCAUUUCUUUUAGUCAUAAGCUUAAUGUACUUGUUAUUAAAAUUAACAGAAAGGAUAUAUAAAAGAAAGCACAUUGAUAUAGCAAGGGAUUUGAAGUUAUAG